UGCACCAACGCCCUGCCGGGGCUGACCAAGCUGGAGGACUGCUGCGGCAGCGUGGGGCUCUUCUGGGGCGCACAGACAGCCCUGGCUCCACAAGCCCGGCCGGCACACCCUGUGAUUGAGAAUGGGCAGGUGGAGUGUCCCCAGGGAUACAAGAGGCUGAACCGGAGCCACUGCCAAGAUAUCAACGAGUGCUUGAUGCAGGGCCUGUGCAAAGACGCCGAGUGUGUGAACACCCGUGGCAGCUUCCGCUGCACCUGCAAGCCUGGCACCAUGCUGGACCCAUCCCGUAGCCAUUGCAUCUCGGACAAAGCAGUGUCGAUGGAGCAGGGGCUGUGUUACCGCUCGGCAGCUGGAGGUGUGUGCUCCUUCCCCCUCUCCCACCGCAUCACCCAACAGAUCUGCUGCUGCAGCCGUGUCGGCAAGGGCUGGGGGAAGAACUGCGAGGAGUGCCCUGCACCCGGCUCAGAAGCCUUCAAGGAGAUUUGCCCAGCAGGACAUGGGUACACCUACUCCAGCUCAGAUAUCCGCCUGUCGAUGAGGAAGGCAGAGGCAGAAGAGCUGCCCCUCAGCUUGGAAGAGCAAGGGGAGAGCAGCAACUGGACGUUGUACUGGGCAGCAAGGAGACAGCAACUGCAGGACAGCCUGCGUGGGAGCAUCCUGGAGGCAUUCCCCCACCCUGGCACCUCGGCAGGAGAGGGUGAAGUUUCUCCUGCUGUGCAGGGUGCUGCUGAUGCCACCACAGAGCACACCAGGCACAGAGAGGAAGAGGAGUUCUGGCAUGGGCCUCCCCAGCCUGGCCCCACCACCAUCUGGGAUGCUGCUGCUCCAACACAGAUGCCAGCACAGGGCUCGGGGACCAGCGGCUGUGCCUCUUCACCCCUCUCCUGCGGAGCCGGUGCUUGUGUGCUCACCCCAGAGGGAUACCGUUGCUUGUGCCACCCCGGCUAUGUGUUGGACCACAGCCACCUCCACUGCAUCGAUGAAGAUGAGUGCCUGAAAGAUCCUUGUGCUGGAAAAGGUCGCUGCAUCAACAGUGUGGGCUCCUAUUUCUGCCUCUGCUACUCUGGGUACACCCCGGUUGUCUCGGACGGCAAGCAGAGCUGUGAGGAUCGAGAUGAAUGUGAGCAGCCCUCUACCUGCCGGGGACAGCGAUGCAUCAACACCCCCGGCUCCUACCGCUGCGAGUGCAAGGAGGGCUUUGCCAUGGGCCCUAGAGGACAGUGCGAAGAUGUCAACGAGUGCGUGGAUCCCAGCCCUUGCCCCCGUGGGAAUUGUGUCAAUACGCUAGGCUCCUACAAGUGCGUCAGCUGCGGGGACGGCUACCGGCCCAGGAACGGGAGAUGUGUUGACGUGGACGAGUGUCUUGUGGAGGGGACGUGUGCUCACGGACGUUGUGUCAACCUAGAUGGCUCCUUCCGCUGUUCCUGCUACCAGGGCUACGAGAUGACACCUGAUGGGAAGAGCUGCCAAGAUAUCGAUGAGUGCACGGCCCAGGCCACCUGUCCUUCUGGACUCUGCCUCAACACCGAGGGCUCCUACUCCUGCAUGGCUUGUGACGCCGGCUAUGCCAUCUCCAGAGAUGGCAGCACAUGUGAAGAUAUGGAUGAGUGUGAGGACCCUGCUGUUCAGUGCCUACGGGGAGAGUGCAGGAACACCCCAGGCUCCUAUGUGUGCCACUGCCAGGCUGGCUUUGAGCUCGUCAACGGCACGGUGUGCGAAGAUGUGAACGAGUGCCUGAACAGCGAGAUCUGCAGCCCCAAUGGCGAGUGUCUCAACAGUCACGGAUCCUAUUUCUGCAUUUGUGCCCCUGGCUUCUCGAAUGCAGCUGGGGGAGUCAGCUGCCAAGAUGUGGAUGAAUGCGCAGACAAGUCCCGGUGCUCACAAGGCCAGUGCCUGAACACAGAAGGCUCCUACAGGUGUCUGUGUGAAAAUGGAUUCAAACACUCCCAGGAGACUGAUGAUUGCGUGGACGUGGAUGAGUGUAAAGAAUACGGGGAUGCCAUCUGCAGCACAUGGCGGUGCCAGAACAGCCUGGGCUCCUACCGUUGUAUCAUGGGCUGCCAGCCUGGCUUCCACUGGACCCCCUUGGGUGACUGCAUCGACAUAGAUGAGUGCGCCAACGAGACGCUGUGCGGGAGCCACGGCUUCUGCGAGAACUCGGAUGGCUCCUUCCACUGCCUCUGCGACCGUGGCUAUGAGAGCUCACCUUCCGGGCACUACUGCAUUGAUGUGAAUGAAUGUGAGCUGAUGGUCGCUGUCUGUGGGACUGCACUCUGCGAGAAUGUGGAGGGAUCCUUCCUCUGCCUGUGCCCCAGUGACCACGAGGAGUACGACACAGAGGCAGGGCAGUGCCAGCCCCGAGCAGCCAUGGAAGGCCCAGAGAGACACGCAGCCCACCUCUCUGACAGCGCAGAGCGCAAGCAGUGCUACUACCACAUCAAUGACGUUCGCCUGUGUGACAGUGUCCUGGCCAAGAACAUCACCAAGGAGGAGUGCUGCUGUACUGUGGGGGCAGCCUGGGGUGACAACUGUGAGACUUACCCCUGCCCCAUCCUGGGCACAGUGGAAUAUCAAGAGAUCUGCCCUCUUGGGAAGGGCUAUGUUCCCCAGGAAGAUCUACUCUCAGGAAAAGUCUCUUUCACAGACAUGGACGAGUGUGAGACAUUUGGCUCUGAGUUCUGCCGCAAUGGACAGUGUUUGAACACGGUGCCGGGCUACAAAUGCUUCUGCCGUACAGGCUACUUCUAUGACUCCGGCAGGCUUGAGUGUGUUGACCAGGACGAGUGUCAGAACGAAGUGUACUGCAUCAAUGGUGAGUGUCUGAACACAGAUGGCUCCUACCACUGCUUCUGCAGCCUUCCUCUCGUGUUGGAUGCCACUGGCAACCGGUGUGUGAACCUCUCCAGCAGGGCAGAUGCCCUGGAAGAGUACGAAAUCCACCUGGACGUCUGCUGGCAGACCGUUGCCGACUACAUCUGCCAAGACCUGCUGCGUGGUGAGCAGACCACGUACACUGAGUGCUGCUGCCGACUUGGCGAAGCCUGGGGCCAGAACUGCGCGCUCUGCCCGCACAGGUCCUCCGCUGAUUUUGCUUUCCUGUGUAACGGGGCCAGUGAAGACAGUGAGAGAGGGUCUGAGCUCCGAGAAAGACCUAGGUAUGAGUAUGGACCGGGCUUGGAAGACUCCCACUAUGGCCUUCCCAGCCCAGAUAUGGGCCCCUACUACAACUACUUGGAGUCUGAAUACGGAAACCCCGAUGCUGGUUUCCCUCGGAGGGAAGCUAACAGUGAGUUUCGUGGCAGCCCUCUCCAAAAAAACGGCCCGGGCCGGCCCCCCCCCCGCUCCCGGCCCAGCCAAACUGGACUCUACGAGGGCUUCGAGGGGCUGCAGGCUGAGGAGUGCGGGAUCCUCAACGGCUGCGAGAACGGGCGCUGCGUGCGUGUCCGGGAGGGCUACACCUGCGACUGCUUUGACGGCUUCCAGCUGGACAUGACUCACAUGGCCUGCGUGGACAUCAACGAGUGCGAGGAGGUGGGUGGCCCUGAGCCCCUGUGCCAGGGCGGCACCUGCGAGAACACGGAGGGCUCCUACCGCUCGCACAACUUCUCCGCCACCUCUACGGGCCAGGGCUGCCCAGAGCCCAGCAGCAGUGUAGCUCUAGGGGAGUGA